CAAAAAACCUGAAACGUUUGAUGUGUCUGGUAGGAUGCAUACGUGAAGCCUAAGGGAACUGCAUUCGGUUAAAUGCUAUUCUAAUUAAGCCAGUUUGAUCUUUUAUUUAAACACUAAGUGUAUUUCAGUCGCAUGCAAGAUGCAAUACGUGACAGUCACUCCACCAGCAGAGAUAUAACAGAUAAAUUCUUGUUGUGCAUCUCUCUGAUAAGGCUUCUGAGAUUUCACCAUGGUUUCAGUGAUACAUUAAAGUUCUUAGAAAAUGACAGAUAAUUUUAGCAGUCGUCAUAAUAGACUGUCAUAGUAUUCACAUUUCUCAAGUAAAUUUCCUAGCUUUAUGAUCAUACUCCUCAACACCGAUAAGUGAAUGUCAUUCUAAUGCAUUCUAAAACAUUCACAAUUUCAGGAGAUGCCAGUAUAGUUAUAUAUUUUUUCUAUUACAUUGUUGAUCCACAUUUUGAAGGUGUAAUAAGUAAACACUUAUUAUUUUUCAACUUCACUCAGAAAUGCCAUAUCAUCGAGACGACCAAACUUAUGAGUAUGAUGCUAACAAAGCAAACAGAAACACUGGAGAUUAUAAUUUCAGAAGAGAUGAAUAUGAUGCUCAACGUGACUUAAGGGGUAAUAUGAGAGAAAAUACGUCUGAAAGUCAACAAAGACAAAACUAUUAUGUCGCGAAGGCACCUGACGUAACAUCGUAUAUAGAAGGAAGUUAUUCUGACUACGCACGUCCACAAAAUUCAAAUGAAAGAAACUAUACAUCACAGCAUGAUAGAAAUUACCAGGAAAGAAGAGACGAAGAAGAAUCAGGACCACUUUACUCUUAUUCAAUUGAUGAUAUGCCGCAUCGUGCAGGCACCGUAACAAUGAAUGAAGAACAAGACGUAAUACCUGUCUCUACCAAUGAAAAUUAUUCAAAUAUAAGUCGAUCGGGACAUACUAACACGAGGUAAAACAGGGAUCUCGACUGAUCAUUCCCUGUCACUUCCCUGUCAAUUCGAUUUUGAUUUCAUCAUAAUCAGUCUGAAUACUAUUCUGGAAGAUGUCAUGAAAAAACUUUUUUUUGAUUAAUAUUUUUAAGUUUUGUUAAAUGUCUACUACUUUUAAAUAAACAUUAAGUACGAUUUUCA